AUGUCGAUCGCAGCUCAACAUCAAGUUUGUGCCUGGGUGGAAAAACCAGGACCAGAUGCGGAGAUCGAGCUCCAGGAUAUCGCAGUUCCUACACCCGGUCCAGGGGACGUUCUUGUUAAGUUAGAGGUGACCGGAGUAUGUCACUCAGAUCAUCAUUCCAUCUAUGGCAAUACGCCAAUGAGUACUCAUGUUGCCGGCCAUGAGGGUCUGGACCACAGGUUUCUGAAACACUCAUCAACACCCGCGUGGGCAUAUCGUGGCUUCAUGAAGCUUGUGGAAGUUGCGAAAUAUGCGCAGUGGAAUAUGUCCAUUGCCCCAAACAGAAUAAUUCAGGCAGAAACGUGCCUGGAACUUUUCAACGUGCAAUAUUGCGUGGCAAAAGCAGCGUAUGUUGUUGCUAUUCCAGAUGAAAUUCCUGCCGAGAUUGCAGCGCCCCUACUUUGCGGCGGUAUUACUGCCUAUGGAGCACUGAUCAGGGCCAAAUUGAAUGUUGGAGACUACGUAGUCUUCACCGGUGCUGGCGGUGGCCUCGGCCACCUUGGUGUGCAGAUUGCACGAAGUCUAGGCUAUCGAGUCAUAGCCAUCGACGCAGGUGACAAAGCGACCGUCUGCACGUCACUGGGAGCAGAGCACUUUUUCGACUUCCGUAAGAGCGCCAAUCUUGUCGAAGACGUCCGCUCGGUCACCGGAGGGCUCGGCGCACAUGCCGUUGUCUGCAUUACUGGUGCCAUGAGCUCAUAUGAUGAGUCUCUUCCUAUGCUCCGAAAUUGUGGCAAGCUGAUAUGUGUCGGCAUUCCCCCGUCUUCUUACCGACUUCAGGUGAACCCUUUCGAAAUGCUAGUACGUGGGUUGACAAUUAUUGGUUCAACCGUGGGAGACAAAAGCCAAGUACCAGGACUGAUGGAACUAGUAUUGCAAGGGAAGGUCAAACCAGAGGUACAGUUAUUUAACUUCAACGAGCUACAAACUGUGAUGGACAAAUUAGCAGCCGGUCAUAUUAUUGGUCGAGCCGUACUUCGUAUGCCCCAGUAG